ACUGUCCAGUAGUGUCCAGUACUGCGCUGGGAGCCCGUUGAACUGAGUGACGAACACUGCGACGCGGCGCUGCACAACCGGAGGAGCACAUAGACCAGCAGAGCUCUGGGCAAAGCAAAUUCACUUUUUCAAAAAAUGUAUUUAGUGCAGGGGCGACAUUCGCAGCGGCAACGAAAGCGACAGCGACAGCCAUAACCACUCACACACACUAUAUGAGAGCUCUGCGGACGGACAGAGAGCACGGCGAAAGGCAGCGACAACUGAGAGGAAGAGAAACUUGCACGAGGCGGGGGAGUAACCAGAAGAAUAGGAAGUUUAUCCAGGAACGGGCUCGUGCUGCUUCGACCAGACCAAACCAGACCAAACCAGACCGAACCAGACCACGCCAAUUGAGGCCAAAUCCUUGAAAAAGAAAAUGGCCAAAUUUGUGACUUAUAUCUUCAUCGCCAGCUCCGUAGUACUGUGGUAUCUGCUGCUAUUCGACGGUAGCAGAGGCGUGGAGGCCACUAACGGACAUGGCAGCCAGCUGGAGGGGCGUGACUUCCACCACCACGGCGGGAGCCAUCACAUACGCCGUAACAUCAAUCACUGCUGGCGUCGCUAUGAUGGCUACAAUCUGCAGAACACCAUUGUCAAUAAGAAGGAGCAGCUGAAAAAGCCCUAUGGCAUAUUGUGCAACUUCAAGUGCACUUGGUUCUUCACAACAAGCUUCCCCACUUGCGAGUUCAUUUACGAUUAUAAAUUAUCCUGCGUGCUGUUCACCUCACUGCCCGACUGUACCAACGUCAAGUGUACUCUCUUAAAUUAUUUUAGCUAGAGCCAUCAGCUCCACUUCAUAGCAGGCCAUAUGGCCAUAUGUAUACUGUUAACUAUUGUAUUUAUUUCAGCAGCAGUCUUAAGCUUUUUUUUAUAGCAAUAAGUCUGAUUAUUACUAGAUUUUAUAUGGAAAUAUAGGGAAUUACUAUUGAAACAAAAACAAACUG